UUUAUUUUCUAUUGUUGAUGAUGUGGCAUAUUAACGUAUUUGAUCAGAAUUUUAAACGAAAAUUUAAUGCAGGAAAUUAUUUGCCAUCCAAGAUUACCAUAGGGAGUUAUUUGUAAAAAAUAUAACCACUGUGACUAAUUUUGCAUUUUUCCUUAUAAGUUUGUAUAAAUUCCACAGCAGCCAACGGUUCUCUUUUGCUCUCCCAAGAAACAAACCCAUAAAACCUCAAGAAGGAGAAUUCUUCAAUCUUUUCCUGUAAUUUUCACUCUCUCUCUCUCUCUCAAAGAUCAUAAUACUCCGUACAGCACAUUUGAUGGCUUCUUGUUGUAAACAUUGGUGGCAUGCAUCAGUCUACUCCAUCGUCUCUCUUUUGUUGGCCUUUAUAGCAAUAUCCACAGCAUUGCGUUCAAAUCACAAGAAUGCAAUUCCAGCAACCAAACCCGUCGCCCAUGGCCUACCACUCAACGUGUCCAGAGCUCUCAGGCAUGCCGGGUUCCACUCCAUGGCCACCCUCCUUCAGGUCUCCCCUGAACUCUUCCUUUCUUCUCCAAACUCAACCAUCUUUGUUAUCAAAGACUCAUCCAUCUCCUAUCUCUCUAUUCCUCCAUUGCUCUUGAAGGAUCUCCUCCAAUACCACACCACUCCUUCCAAGCUUUCCAUGGAUGACCUCUUAAAGAAACCUCAAGGAAGUUGCUUCUCAACCCUUCAUCGGAAGAAGAACAUUGCAGUCACGAAGACUGAUGCAAGACAAAAACUGAUUGAGAUUAACCAUGUUUUGGUGUCACACCCAGAUGUCUUUCUUGAAGGACCAAUCGCAGUUCAUGGAGUUCUUGGGCCAUUUUCUCCAAUGGACCCUCGGGAUGUGCACGAUGGCUGGAAUUUUAUUAAGUCACCAAUCUGUGACUCCAAUUCUACUUUGGUUUCAGAUUUUCUUCAACCCAAGAACAUGGUGGAAUGGAGCCGAAUUAUCCAGUUGCUUAGCUCAUACGGGUUUGUUUCUUUCGCAAUCGGUUUGCAUUCUGUUCUUGAUGGGAUUCUUGAAGAUCAUGCGAGCUUGAAUACAGUCACCAUCUUUGCUCCUCCGAAUUUGGCGGCUGUAGCUUCUUCUUCACUAUUGCUUGAUAAGAUUGUGAGAUUUCACGUACUGCCUCGCAGGCUUACGUACAAGGAACUCACUUCAUUGCCGGUUAGAACAUUGCUGAGGACACUGGUUCCUGGUCAGGAUCUUGAGGUUGCAGGAGAAGUUAAUUUUAUGCAAGGAUUGGUCGUUAAUGGCGUCAAGAUUGCAGCGCCGGAUCUUUUCUCUUCUGAGAAGUUUGUAGUCCAUGGGAUUUCUCGAGCGUUUGAGCUGACUGAGUUUUCCUGACACACCGAUGUAGUUUAAUUUCUUUUUGCUGGUGCUGGUAAGAAUGCUUUGGGAGAAUCGGCUACUUGCAUUUGUUCCCCUUGUUAUUCUAUGAUAUUAGUAGAUGCACCAGAUAC